AUGGGCUCUUUGACUGGGGGGAAAGACGGCUCCAUCAGCUUGUUUGACAACGACUUCAACAAAGUAGCAACAGUACCAGAAGCUCCCAGCCUGGUGUACGAUGUGGCCGGACCCAUACACUCGCUCGCCGUUUUCAACGAGAUGGUUAUCGCAGGAACCGAAAAGAACGAGAUUUGGACCGUGCGAGCUCAGGACAACGGUGGGUUUUCGGCGGCGUGCAUCGUGCAGGGCCACGGACUGGGGGAGGUGUGGGGUCUGGCCACGCACCCUUCCAGACCCGUCGCCGCCACCGCCUCCGAUGACUUUACUGUGAGGCUGUGGGACCUGGAGGACCACCGGCCCAUGACGACGACGACGGUGGAAGUGGAGGCGCGGUCUGUGGCCUUCAGUCCCGAUGGCCAGCACUUGGCGGUGGGCCUCACUCGGGGGAUUUACAUUAUUCUCGACGCUGAGCAUCUCGAGGAGCAGUACCGUGUGAGCGACCGCAAGGAGGUGCGCCACGACCUCAAAUACUCACCCAGCGGGGAAUUCUUGGCCGUGGCCUCCAACGAUAACUUUGUGGACGUGUACGCCGUGGAGAGCGGUUACGAAAGGACAAAGGUGCUGUCGGGUGCCUCCUCCUUCAUCACUCACCUCGACUGGUCUAGCGAUUCCCUCUACAUCCAGGUGAAUACAGGCGACAGCCAGAGGCUUAUCUACAACGUGUCAGAGGAGGCAAUAGUGGACGAGAGCUCCAUCCCGUCGGUGGGCUGGAACACUUGGACGGGCGUGCUGGGUCCUCAGGUGGCCGGGCUCUGGCACAAGUACGCCGACGUUUCUGACAUCAACGCAUCAGACGCAAACUUCUACUACAACAUUAUCGUAACUGGCGACGACUUUGGUCUGGUCAAGCUGUUCAGAUUCCCUUCCACAAAGAGAGGCGCAAAACCUCGGAGCUUCGUGGGCCACAGCGCCCACGUGACCAACGUCAGGUGGACCAAUGACUCCGAAUACGUGGUGUCUGUCGGGGGAGCCGACCACGCCGUCUUCCUGUGGAGGUUUCGGCCCUCAAGAAGGUCCUCGCCCAGGAUGGACUUGGUGAGGCUUCCGUCCUCCGUUGAAGGCGAGUCUGACGACGAUGUCCUGGACACCGAGGACGAACUCGAGGGCAUUCCCGAGCUCACCCUCGACUUAGAGGAAGAGCUAGCCGGGUCGACGAGAUCGUCUGGCCGGCGCAGCAGGAGGAGGACAGACGACGCCACGCCCGGUGUUGACGUCGCAACCGACUCGACCUUCGCGAAACGCCGCGCCGCCACGGACGAAAACGAGAAGGCUAACGUUGCUCCCAUUCACGCCCUCUCUGUGAACCAUAUCUUCGGGUAUCGCGCCCAUGAAUGUCGCAACAACGCCCACUGGUUAAAGGAUGGGCGUGUGGUUUACCACGUCGCUGCGGUGGGGAUCGUGUGCGAUCCUGAGACCCUUCGUCAGGAGCACUACCUCCACCACACAGACGACAUCCUGUGUUUAGCUGUCCAUCCAGAAGGGGAGUUGGUCGCCUCGGGUCAGAUCGGGCGUGAGGCGACAGUUCACGUGUGGGACGCAAUAGACCACAGGAUCUUAUCCCUCCUUCAGGGGGGUCAUACGAGAGGCGUGUCAGCGGUGGACUUUUCCUCAGACGGGGAGCGCCUGGCAUCUUUAGGACUCGAUGACUACCACACCCUUGUCGUUUGGAACUGGCGCAAGGGUUAUAAACUCGCCAGCGCCAGAGGCCACAGCGACAAGGUCUUUGGAUUGAGAUUCAGUCCCUCCAACAGCCACCGCUUGAUGACCUUUGGCGUGAAGCAUGUGAAGGUGUGGAACCAUGUCGGCGGCGGACUGACCCAUCGCCAGGUCUCGUUGGGCCGCAAACUGAAACAGGAAACAGCUUUGUGCAGUGCAGUAGGAGGAGGCGAAGGAUCGGAGGAGUGGUGGGCGGUAGGCAUGUCGUCCGGCACCGUGCUAAUAGUCCGAGACCUCAAGGUGGAACGCGUAGUUAAGGCUCACAAGGCUCCUAUGUAUGCAAUCUUAGUAACUGAUGAGAACAUCUGGACGGCAGGACAAGGGGGCUACGUGUGUAAGUGGGACCGGGAAUUCACCAAGUGUCUGAGGGUGUUCCCUGUAAGCGACCACUUCCUGGCGGAGACCGCGGCGGUGGCCUUCACUUCCGCUCAGCCAGGCCUCCGCAGCCUCUCCGCUGCCCCGGGGACCAACUCGCCCAUCCUGGUGGCGACCCAACACGCUGAGCUUCUCCUUAUGGACGGAGAGGGACAGCUCAAUAUAAUCGUUCAGGGUCAUGGAAAGGGCGAAGUAUGGGGUCUGGACACGCACCCUCUGCUGAUGGAGGCGGUGACGGUGGGCGACGACAACACCCUCCGUCGCUGGGGCUUGGAGGAGCACCUGGCUCUUGGCUCAGUCAACCUGAGGAAGGCCGCGCGUUGCGUGCAUUUCCAUCCUACCGCCAUGUUUGUGGCCCUCGGCUAUCUUGACGGGAGCGUGGCCCUCUACCUGUACCCGAGCCUGAAGAAGCACGGCGGGGCCCAGCACCGCUCUGAGGGCAUCUCAGAAGUCAAGUUCUCUCCUGACGGCCGGUUCCUCGCUGUAGGAUCGCACGAGUGCCUUGUGGACCUGUACGUCGUGGACACGGACGGGGACACUGUGAGCAAGGAAGGGUCGGGCUUGCGGAGGGUUGGAGUGUGCCGAGGAGCCUCGUCGUGGAUCACGCAUCUCACCUGGCAUAAGGACUCGAGACUCAUUCAGGCCAAUACGGGGGCGGGCGAGCAGCUGUACUUCGAGGCUCCACACGGUAACCGCCAGCUGAUACCAGACGCCACUAGUCGCUUCCUGAAAUGGUCAACCCCACUUACCUGCGUCCUUGAUGAGACGGUGGAGGGAAUUUGGGCAAAGUUCAUGGACCUCACUGACAUCAACGCCAUAGCAACAGCCAACUCCCUCCCUCUAGUGGUUACAGCAUGCGACGACGGAGGCCUCGUUAGACUGUUUAGGUAUCCAUGCCAGGGCGGGUUUAAGAAGCACCGCCAGUACAGGGGUCACAGCGCCCACGUGACCAACGUCAGGUGGACCUACGAUGACUCGAAGAUAGUGACGACUGGCGGCGCGGACACAUCCGUCAUCGUGUGGCAUGUGAGGAAGGUCGAAUUCGCGGAAGACCAGGACGACGAGCAAAAGGACGGGGAGGAAUCGACGAAGAAGCUACCUGCUCAUGCAUUCAGUGAUCUGCCUGAAGAAGAGAUCACCAUGACGGAUCUGGAGGCUGCCGGACUGGAGGCGACGGCGGUGCUCACUCCCUCCGUGGCUGGCCUGGACUCCAUGAGGGACAGCAUCAGCAGGAAGGGCGGCCCGAAGCGCACCUUGAGAACCGCGAAGGGCAUCAAGAGGCACCUGGAGAGGCUCCGGUCUAUCCCGACCUUGACCGCGGAUGAUAAGACAGUGUUCUACUGCAACGAAUGCGUGGUGGGAAAGCUCGAAUUAGAAGGCGGCGAAAUCACGAGCCAGAGCAUCGGCUACAAAGAACACGAGACGCACAUCACUACCUUGGCCAUAUCCAAGACCGACCCAGUUAUGGUUGCCACAGCGCAGUUAGCCGUGGAGAGCGAGGAGGGCACGGCCUGCGACACCGAGGCCGCCCUCAUUCACGUGUGGCGGCCUCUCGACGGCGCCAACGUGGGGGUGCUGCGCGGCGGCCCCGAGAGCGUCAUCAUUUCCCUCAGCUUCUCCCCGAGCGGCAGGUUUCUCGCCUCUCUCGCUGACGCUUCCGUUGUUCAUAUUUUCAGCUGGACCAAAGGGGCUCAUAUCGCAUCCACUGAACUGAAGGUCGGGAUGGCGACGUCUCUGAUGCACAGCGGAGAGGCCACGUUGGCAGCUCUCACGCCUAGGGCCAUCCUCUUCCUCGACCUCGUCGGGAACUCCCUCGUCACCACGCGCGGCCAGGCGCCCCCGGACCUCUUGCCGGAAGGGGCGGCGUUCAACGGCCUCGGGGUCUCGCCAAGCGGGCGCGUGUACGUGGGGACGAGCGACGGCAGCGUGGUGGAGUGGACGGGCCGCGUCGCCACCCGCUACGUGUCGCCGCCUGAUGAUCCCCCGACGCUGGCUCCUGUCCGCUUGGCGAUCGCGGCCGGCCAGGGGGUCACCUUCACGGCUUGCAGACUAGAUUCCGCCGUCGUGGUUAGAUGCUACACAACAGACACUCCCAAACUGACGUUCUUCUCCGAUUCGCUGAUUGAGGCUCCGUCCGAGGACUGGAUUCCUACUUCUGCUCGCCUGGGGGCAGAAAUCCUGAUCCUCGGCGCACGCAUGAAGCAACCUUUUAUUGUCCUCGACCUCAAAUCGGGAAAGUUUACCACGAUCGAGUACGGCUGAAAGGCGCACUCUUAUACCGUUCUACCAAAUGAAAUUAUUCUGGGUUCAAUAAAGAUGCUCUUAAAUUGUAACAAACUUCAGAGCAAUAUUUUUGUUUGUCAUUCGUGGAACAUGUCGAAGUUCAUAUGUAAAUGUAAAUACUAUGGCUGCACUGUA